UAGACAUUCCAAGUCACGACGAAAAGUGACUAUUGUUAAUAGCCUUCGAUCGAAACCGAGGGCGGGCUUACGUUUACUUCCGGCAGAAGUGUAACCGGUCCGUUUUGACCUCGAGAAGAGAUUAUAGGCUACAAUUACGCCCUCAAUGCAUUUGGAUGACAGUUAUUUGAUUGAAAAGGACAACGAAAAAUUUAUUUAAAGUUUGCUUUUGAGGCGUCGACUCUCGUUAUCGUUGCUAGAUGAAUUUGGAAAGCGUCCAAAUCACGCGAUCGCCGGGACACUUCCUCGUAGAUACAGGAUCGGACAGAAACAUGGAUAAUAAAGAGUCUUCUGAAAAUCGAGUGAUCAAGGCUUUUGUUGAUGAAACUUUUGCGUCUUCCUUUGUGAAUGAUGUGUAUGGAAUAAGAGUAAAAAGAGUAAGGGAACUGAACGGUUUUGACGACAGGAAUUUCCAUAUUGAGGUGGAAGAUGACUUUGAAAAUCGCUAUUUAAAUUUCAUAUGCCAAAGUGGUUAUACAUUAAAAAUAAUAAAUAACUUAGAUAGCGAAAGCACUGACUUCAUAGAUGUAAUGGAUUCCAUAUUGUACUAUUGUCACGAACAAAAUCUCUGUGUUCCAUUACCAGUAAAAAAUAAAUUGGGUACGUUUUGGAGUAAGAAAUUAAUAGUGGAUAAAAAUAGUAGAGAAAAUGUUCAUGUGAUCCGUUUGUUGACAUAUUUACCGGGUACAACUGUCUCUAAUGUACCAUAUACUGCUUCGGUUUUAUAUCAAUGGGGGAAGUUGUUAGCAAAAUUUCAUCAAUCUGUUAACAACUAUCCUGAACAUUCAUUAAAAGAAAGAAAAACAUUAUGGAGUUUAACAAGUGUUCCAAAGAUACUAGAAUAUUUAUUUUGUAUUGAAAUAGAGGAAAGACGUUUCCUAAUAAAAAAUAUUGUUAAUAUGUUUAUGGCUAUGGUGUUAAAUGAAGUUGGAAGUCUACCUUCAGGUAAGGUAUUUCUAUACAAUUUUAAAACAAAGUAAAGCUUUUCCGCGAUCAAUUUUGUGCGUGUUUAUGAAAAAUAGGAGCUAAACUUAUAAAUUGCAAAACUGCUCAAUUUAUAAUUUUAUAUUUCUUUCCCUUAUCCUGGAUUAUUAUUUGUCAAUUAAACAAGUGAUGUAAGUAACUUAAUGUAAAUCGAAUAUAAAAUAAUAUAACAGAGAUUGAUUAAAUUUCCGUAGUAAUGACCAUUUUAUAUUAUUUUUUCUGAAACGUCUUUUAUUCGACAACUAGUUGAUACUAUUUCUAAAAUGAUGGCAGAUGAAUGAUAAAAAAGGUAGGUUGUGAUAUUGUCCUUCCAACUCAAAAAUGUCACAUCACCUAACCUAAUUAUAAUUUUAUCUCUACGUUUUCGUAAUCAUUAAUACUUUUUGAAUACUACUUUCUAACAAUUGAUUAUUUACAUUCUGCUCUGCGUGUGUCUACAAAGCAAUUUUUAAUUUUUAUCCCGAAUUUAGUAGGCCCACUCUGAGUACAGCUGUGCGGUAAGGGAUGUGAUUUAACAUAUUCAUCAGCACACUCAUAAAAAUUUCUGAAACAAUCCAAAGAAGAAUCCGACUUUUUAAUCUUACAAAAUACUUAUAAUUACUUUUACUGCUUUGGAUGUUUUUCUUGCUUAUUUUAGAGAAGGAAAAGUGAGAUUUAGUCUCAUCAAAUGAUAGAGUUUGAAUGGUUUCCUACAGGAUGAUAAAUUUCACAUACUUCACAUCAAUCUCCUUCUCCCUGUCAGCGACUAGGUCACAGUAUAAAUAAGCUCUCCUUAUUAACGCUCGGAAGGCUGCCAUCUUAUACGGAUAUGGAUCCAUGGAUUGGGAUGGUAUAUAUAAUGGAGCGUGUGUAGGUUUAAUAUAAACACUUGUGGACAAAUGUCCUUUCAUAAACCGGAUAUUAAUGUCCAAGAAGUGCACAUUCAAGGAACUCUUUUGUUUUAAUCUCAAUUUAAGUCCAUCAUCGUUAUCAUUGAUUCUAC